ACUACUUGGUGCGCUGCAGUCGGUCUUACACGCAUACGGGUCCCUGUAAAUGAUAUGCACGCACACAAUCGAUUCUCGCUGGCGCGCGGCGUUCUGCGAUUUCAACUCAUUGCCAGAAUCAGAGCAAUCGAGCAACUCACAAGGGGAGGCUGAGAACUCGUCGUCACCGAUUUCGACCAAAUUCACAGUAUAUGUUGGGCUCGAGUAGACAAAUUUUUUAAGUUUUCAUAUAGAACAAACCGUAAUCCAACAAAUGUUUUAAUUGCUAUAUUCGUAUCCAACAAACGAUUGCGUUUCGAUUGGACUCCUUGAGAAGUGUAAAAAAUUGAAAAUAAAAAAUCAUCCGGCUAACUUUAUGCAAAACACAAUUUUGGAUUUGAUUGAAAAACUAUAAUCCAACAAACAAUUUUACCUAUCCAACAAUCACCUACAAACGACCAACAAUCGAUCUGUGAAGUUUCUUUUUGGAAAAUCGAAACUUUCCGGCCAACUUCACGGAGGUAAAAAAAUCCACCACGUGCACGGUCUUGUCAGGUUUUGCGUUGACUUGUUUGGCGUUGUUAGGUGGUGAUGUUGAAUUUUGCGUCAAAUAUCAGUCAAUAUUUAGUCGACUUUCCGGUUCGGUAAGAUCGCAGAUUUUUGUUAGUUUUUGUAAACAAACAUCAACAGGUAAGGUUUUCACAAUGUUUUUAACAGUUAGUGCUUCAAUAUGUCGGAAACCAAGAAGAAAAGAAUAGUCUUUGGAGAAAAAGAAACUAUGACUCUUUUAUUGUUAUGGGCGUCUGAAAAAGUGCAACAGCAAUUCACCUCUCAGCUGCGGCACAACUUGCUAUGAAACUCGCUGGCUGCUCAACUAAAAAAAAAAGGCUUCACCAGGACAGGGGCUGAAUCAAAAGUAAAAUUAAUAAUUUGAAGACUGAGUACCGCAAACUUAAACCUAAAUCAGGUAGCGCAACCCCGACGUGGCCAUACUACGAUAUAAUACAUGGGGUCUUGGGACAACGAGACUGCGUCAACGAUGAGCUGUUAGAUGAUAGCAUUGGCGAUGGGCUUUCUGAAAUGCUUGAAGAUGAUGUCAACAAUAAUGAACCUGAGGACGGAUUGCUGGAAACGAUUGAUGGCGUCGAUGAUACUAAUUGUGAAGGCCUAGAAGAAGAGUGUUCAAGUUCCUUAAGUGAUAUAGUACAACGCCGAGGAACUAAGAGACAUGUAGAAGUUGGCACUGUUUGCAAAGAUACCGGGACAACUUCAACUGCAAAACCUGAUACUAUUCAUCAACGACGCAUCCAAAAAAUAGCUCGACCAGCUUGCAAGAAAAGUUCAGAUGAAAGUAAACUAAUACAAGUAAUGAUAGAAUCCGAGAGAAGAUACUAUGAAAGGCUUGUAAUUAUUGAAGAACGAGAAAAGAAGGCUCAAGAACGGGAGGAUUCUGUCGCACAGUCGAUGAAUCGCUUUUUAAUGGCCUUUGCUGUACUGGCUGAAAGCCAAAUCGUCAAAGAAACACCUUUACUGGGUAUGCCAGGUACUUCAAAAGCUGAUCUCAGUCGAUCCAAUGCUUCAAAGUUGCCAUUCUCCACUCCACAUGAUUCUUCUCAUACGAAGUUAUGUACCUCGAAUUUUACGAGCACACUUUCAAAACAAUAUUCUAACUCCGCACAGACUAGACAAUCUGACGAGCCUUUUAACCCGAGCAGAAAACACACUCCAGAUUGUUCACGUUUUAUUAAGAAAGAGUCUGUUGAGAAUUAUUCCAGUAAAGUCAAGCGAAACACAGUACCUUUUGUCCGUGCAAUACCAUCUGCUGCCAUUAGUACACCCCAGAGUGAUGAUAUCGAAGUACGCUCUAAAAGUCCUAUCGAGGAUCACAUGUAUACAGAAUGGCUACAUCAGGAUAAAGAUUUUGAUACUGAUGGACCAACAAAUGAUGUUUCUGUUAGUAUUGGUUCAGAAGACUUACCAGACGAUGUUCCAGAACUCUCCAUUGAAGAAGAAUUUCCAGCAAUUAGUUUUUGUCAACCCAAAGAUUAUUUGACUUCUUCUCUCUGCAAGGGUGGAAAGGCUGUCAAAAAAAGUCAGUCAGAUGAAAACUUACCAUCAAUUCAAGCUGCCAAAUCCUCAUCACUAAACCGAUAUCCAUCACCACCAAAUAAAUUCUCUGAGCCAAAGCCACAUAUUUUGCGCUUGUCAAAUUCACAGCUGCUAAAGUUUGUACGCAUAGAGCAGACUAACUUGCCACCCAUGUCGGCGCAUACAAAGUCUCCUAUAAAAAUAGUUGAAUCAAUAGGAUACUCACCGAACAAGCCUGCAAAUAUCAAUUUUCAUUCCAAAGUAUUGAAAAAACCGUUGGUCAACAAACAGGGUGAGAAUUAUAUUUACAUCAAUUCAUGGGAUGAAUCCUAAGUCAUUUUUCUACAUACACUCGUCAUAUUUUGCCAACCAAUAUGUAUCACUACUUUUAAUGCGCUGCUACUACUUACUUACCUUUUCAAGACUGAUAACUUGUUUCUAGUUUGUAGAUAUUCAUAAGAAUAUCCGUGAUGUUUUCUAAUGUACCUGUACUACAUUUUAUUAUGAAUUCGUCUGUCGAUGGAGAUGCAGUGUACUCAGCUCUCAAUGAUUGCUCGUAUUCAUUUUCUUUUUCAAUACUGUAUAUGAUACUAUUAUAUUAGUCAUAUCUUUUACGUACUCAUUAUUUAGCUUUUAUUUACCAUUCUAAGUGGAAUAGUUUAGGUAUACUACUGAUACUUGACCACAGAAUGAAGAAGGUUCUUUUGAGAUUAGUGCAACUUAUCCUGUGCAGUAUUACAAAGAGUAAGAUUUAUAAAACUAUUUUACCGAUGAAGGUUUUUUACAUAAGGAACAGUAAAAGAUAUAAUUUUUUUAGAAGAUGAAAAAUUUAUCAAUGAGUUGUA